GCAGUGAGAGUCGGGGAGGGGAGGGGAGGGGCACGUGGGAAGUCCCAGUGGGAACCGAGAGAGUCCGCUAGUCUUCCCUCUUUCCUCCUCCUCCUUUCUCCCCCCUACCCGCUAGCUGACCGCUUGCAUCUCUCCUGCAGAGGCGCGGCUCCGGCGCCGCCCAGUCACCUCGCACCCCACCCUCCUUUCCUCCUGCAAGUAGAAGCUUUUCUUCCUGCAGCCCCCAUUCCCUGUCGCUUUCACGUCUCUCCCCUACUUGCCAGCGCGCGGUGCGGGGGCGACGUUGGGGCCCUGCUGACUUACCCCGGGGCUGGGAAGCGGGGAUGCUGCUGCUGCUGCUGCUGCUGCCCCUGCGGCCGGGACAGCACCUGGAAGGGGAGGAGGCGGCGGCGGCGGCGGCGGCUGCGGCGGCUGCAGGACCUCGGGUUCGUGCGCCAGUCCCGGGAGGGAUUCUCCCGGUAGCCUCGCUGCUUUCCGGGUUUUCCCCGCUGUCGCUUGGCUCCUGCUACCGUCGCUGUGCGCCGGGGCCUCGCCAGGCAUGAGGAGACGCAGCACCGGCCAGCCGAGACCUCCCGGGCCCCCAGGGACGCCCCCGGCCACCGAGCAUCGCGGACGCCGGAGGCGGCUUGGACUCCAGCUUUAGUCUCGGUGAUUAGAGAACAACCGGCGGAGGAAGGAGAGAUUGUGUCUGCUGUGGAGACUGCCGCUGCGGGAAGCCGGGAGAGUACGGGGUGGGGGCAACUGUCCGAGCUGGAGACCCCCCGUUCCUGGGAACUGAACGCCUUGCCCUGGAUCUCGGGAUGAGGAUGCAAGGCUGGAGUGUCUGAGGCGGUGGCGCCUUCGCCACCGCCGCUGCUCUCGCCGCCGCUACGCAGGGCCGUGCCGCAGUUUGGUGUCCCUUCUCCGCAGGGAGGGCUAAAACCAGGGUUCACAGCCUGGCGCUUCACCCCACACCGGCCUCCCCCUGCUACCUUUUCCCACCUGCACCCCAGCCCCAUACUGUUUGAUUGAUAGAAACACCCUCCACCUCUGCGCCUUCUCAUCCUUUCCCUUCCCUUUUAAUUCAGUGCAUUUUCACCUUUUAUACCUUUGCUUUUCUAAAUUCCAGUUACUCUGCUUUCCCCCGCCCACUCUAGCUUUCAUUCCGUCCUCUUACUACCCCGCCCUCUCCCCCCUCCAAGUUAAAUCAUUCUAUGUCUACCCUCACCCCUACCUCCCCACUUCUCUUUCUCCAGUCUCUCUUUCUACCCUCUCCCGGCUUCAGCUCCCGCUCUGCAAUUUGCGGGGUGGUUUGACAAUUCAUGGGUGUCUAAGGCCUGGACAGUGCCCUAGUGCCCACGACCGUUGAGCAUCCUGCUCGCCUGAUUAGGAGGAGGAAGAUGUCUCUGCUUAAGUGGCUGCUGCGAGUCUCCAAUCGCUCUUUGCUCGCCUUCAUCUUCUUCUUCUCCCUGUCAUCGUCUUGUCUAUAUUUCAUCUAUGUGGCCCCAGGGAUCGUAAACACCUAUCUCUUUAUGGUACAAGCCCGAGGUAUAAUGUUGAAAGAAAAUGUGAAAACAAUAGGACAUAUGAUCAGACUAUACACAAAUAAAAAUGCUACUCUCAAUGGUACAGAUUACCCUGAAGGCAAUAAUUCAAGUGAUUAUCUUGCUCAAACAACAAUGUAUCUUCCAGAAAACUUCACAUAUUCUCCUUUCCAUCCAUGCCCAGAAAAGCUGCCUUACAUGAGGGGCCUUAUCAAUGUCAAUAUGAGUGAAAUCAGUUUAGAUGAAAUUCAACAAGUAUUCUCUAAGGAUUUAGACAUUGGUCCAGGUGGUCAUUGGAGGCCCAGCGACUGCAAACCCCGAUGGAAGGUGGCGGUUCUCAUUCCUUUUCGUAAUCGGCAUGAACAUCUUCCAAUUUUUUUCUUGCAUCUGAUACCAAUGCUACAGAAACAACGACUGGAAUUUGCUUUUUAUGUCAUUGAACAGACUGGCACCCAACCUUUUAAUCGUGCAAUGCUUUUUAAUGUUGGAUUUAAAGAAGCUAUGAAAGAUAUGGUGUGGGACUGUAUAAUUUUUCAUGAUGUGGAUCAUUUACCUGAAAAUGACCGAAACUAUUAUGGUUGUGGAGAAAUGCCACGUCAUUUUGCAGCAAAGUUGGACAAAUACAUGUACAUUCUCCCAUAUAAUGAGUUUUUUGGUGGUGUGAGUGGACUGACAGUGGAUCAGUUUAAAAAAAUCAAUGGAUUUCCUAAUGCCUUCUGGGGAUGGGGAGGAGAAGAUGAUGAUCUCUGGAAUAGAGUUCAUUAUGCUGGAUAUAAUGUAACAAGACCUGAGGGAGACUUAGGAAAAUACAAGUCUAUUCCUCAUCAUCAUCGAGGGGAAGUCCAGUUUUUAGGACGAUACAAGUUGCUACGGUAUUCAAGAGAGCGUCAGUACGUUGAUGGAUUGAAUAAUUUAAUAUAUACUCCCAAAAUACUGAUCAGUAGGUUGUAUAAAAACAUCACUGUAAACCUCACUCCAGAUUUAGCUCCUGUUCAGGACUAUUGAAAGAAAUGGAUCUGAUUGCAAGACCAACUGGACUAGAAGCUUGGGGUGGACUGGUGGGAAAUAUUGAUAGGAGCUUUAUGGCUAUUGAGAGAUGUGUGAAAAGAAGUUAAGUGAAUAGGUGCAUGACAGUGCACUGUAUGCUGAAAAGAAGAAAUGCCAGCAGCCAAAACUCAGUGUUUACAGCAUGGAAUUAUUAAUGGUCAAGCCUUCUUUCCCUGUAUUCUCCGUUAAGAAACCACUUGGCUAUAAAAAUGGAUAGCACUGCAAAAAUCAGAUACCAUUGCUUAGGAGUGAGGGAGCUCUCUUGUAUCAGAAAAAAAGCCUUUUUUUUUAAUACUAAAAGCUAUGAUUUUAAUUUAAGUGAAUGCUUUAUUUCCUUUUAAAAAUGUUUUGUAUAUAUAUGUGAUGUAAAUUUAUGUGAUCAAAUAGCUUUUAAAUCUAAUAAUGUGUUGAAAUUCUGCAUGCUCUUAUUUGUUUUUUGCAGGAAUUAAAAAAAAAAUUUGCAUGGAAGAACUAAUGUAAAUUUGUUACCAAACAGGUUAACCCUGUGUGAAAUGUGUGAAAUAACCUUGUGUGAAAUGAAGGAACAGUCAAUAACUGAUGGAUAGUACAGCUAGGAUAGUAAACUGUUAUACUAGUUUUGGGCUUUAGGCCUCCAGCCUUUUUUUAUGGCGCAAAUUCAUAGUGUGCAUCAGAUGUUAAUGGCAAAGAAGAAAGAAAUUAAAUAGUUCUCUUCCUGCUGGGUUUAUGUAAUUUCCUUGCUCAAUUCUUUAUGUAGUUUUGCUGAAUCACAACAUAUUGUUUAUGCAUAUUGCAUGUGUAAUACAAAGAAAAUCUUAAAAGGUCAUAUAUAUCAUUAUAUAAAGGACCUCUUAUUUUAAGCUGUCUUCACAUGUGCCACUAGUGUUAGUGUCAGGGAUUCUGUGCCUAAAACAAUGUUCUCAAAUUCCUGGUGUUUGUAUACUGUAGUAUUUUUUUUUCUUAUUACUAGUAAACAAUACUUUUAUUCUUCUCAAAUCAAAAGAGCCAAAAAGUCUUCAUUUCAAAGAGAAACCACCAUCUCCUAUAGAUUCGUUGUUGUUGAUGUCAUUGUUGUUGCUGUUUCUAAAGAAUGAAUUAUAGAAAACCCUGCAGUGCUUGUGUUAUGCUAAUCAGUUUGAGGGUUUCAAUAAAGGAUUUAACUUUCUAUUUUGUGGAGAUAAAUAUUAGAAGGAAUGAUCAUAUUUUUAAAGUUUGAUUCAGUCUACAUUUUUUAUAUUCAGAAAGGUAAAGAUGGAAGGGACCUAAGAGAUCAUCUGUUCCAGUUUCUCCAUCUCACAGGUGAGGAUGCUGAGGUGGAAAUGAAUUGACUUGCCCAAGAUCAUAAUAUAGCAAGGAGCAGAAUCAAGAUCAGAAAUUAGGUCUCCUGAUUGUUGGUCCAGUUCUCAUUUCAUUAUAGCACAUUGCCUCUUCUGUAUCAUUCAUUUUGAGGAAAUCAUUCACAUGGUGUUACUGAUUACAUUUGCCAACAAAAAAGCAUUUACAGACAGAACCCUGUUAUAAAAGAGCCUGUUAGGAAAUUCAUUUAGAGAUGAUUCAAGUGAUGCCCUUUCUCAACCCCAUCCCCAUAACUACAUUUAAAAAAUGCCUAAAAGUUCCCAUAUAAAAAAAGUUCCCAAGUAGGUAUUAGUCAAGUCUGUAAUACUAGAGUAGUAAAAAAGUUUCACCUUAUCUAGAAACAUGUUAUAUUUAGUUUAAAUUUUCAGUGAAUUUUCAACAUUGAAGCAAAAUAUACUAAUGUGCUAUUUUUUUUUUUUUGGACAAUUCUGUCAAUCACAGUCAUUCAUUUCUUGAACCAAAGAUUUUUUUUAAUCCCAAGAUGUUUAUGAUGAAUGUUAAACAAAAUUGGUAAUUGCAGAGUUAGAAAAAGUGCGACCUUAUUGAAACUGAAUAUUUGCUUCCUGGAUUCCUCUGGAAAGAUCCAUGAUUAGGUUACCCCAGGUUGUGAGUAUAACUUUAAAGUAGUUUUUGGUCUGGCAACCUUGAGAGUCCAAAGGAUCACAAACCGAAUCUUAAAAAUUGUGGAGUUUCCUGUAAUUUUGAGAAAACAGAAAGUUGUUUGUCAUAAAGUUAGUAGAUGAGAAAUUAUUUGUGAUGUUGCUUGGAAAAUGUUUUUUUUUUAAUAUAUUUUUUUCACUUCCUUCUGUGGCAUAAAUAAAUGUCAGCCAAACUUAAAAA